AGAAGAAGAAGACAGAGGAACUCAGUAGUUUCUAGAACAGUGUUUCCGAUCGAUUGUAUUUUGGCCUCGGACUUCUCGAUAGUAGAAUUCGCGCUUAAACAACAUUAAUUUUUCUACCGUUUGGAGUUUAUCGCAGACAGCGUAAUGGCGGUCCCCGGCCCUAAUAAGGACAACAUAAGAGCUGGAUGUAAGAAAUGUGGAUAUCCGGGACACUUAACAUUCGAGUGCCGAAAUUUUGUCCGAGUUGACCCCCAGAAAGACAUUGUUCUGGAUGUGAGCAGCACCAGCAGCGAGGAGAGUGAAGACGACGUGCCUGCUUCUCAGCACAACGAGAAACUAGGUCGAAGUGCACAGCGCCGUAAAGAUUCUCACGGUGAAGAUGACAGAAAAAAGAGACGUAAGCUAAAGAAGAGUAAAGAUAGAAAAUCAAGAAAAAGAUCCUCAUCAUUAAGUGAUGAAGAACCAAAAAAGAGAAAGAAGCGCAGCAGAUCGAGCUCCUCGUCAGAUGAGGAGGACAGGAGAAAGAAAAAGAAACAAAGUCACAAGAAGAAAAGCAAAAAGAACAAAAAGGAGCAUGGGAAACAUCACAAAAAGAAAGAGAGAAUAAGGAAACACAAAUCCUCCUCUUCUUCUUCUUCAUCAUCUACUGAAUCAUCAGAAAGUGACUGAACCACCAAAUUUGUAAAACAUGUCUGACAUAUUUAAUAAGCAGAUCAUGUACACAAGUUGUAUAGAUCAUCUCUUUUCAAACCUGUGUUCACACACUGCUGGGUCUAUAGAUGAUAACAAUAUGUCAGCAUCAUCCUUCACUGUGGAUUCUCAAAAGCUGGUACAAACCAGACAACAUGCUGUUAAAAAGCUUUGCAUUGUUUUUCCAGACUCAUCAUCCUUUGAAAAUAUUUAUGACCAAUAAUUUUAAUUUCACUUAGUGUCACUUCUCUAUCAUUUGUGCGUCAGUGCAAAGUUUCAAGUCUUGUAAAGGGAAAGAUUGCACACAUAAUGUAGGACAAUGGCCGUGCAGAUUUUGUUCUUUUAUGUCCUCCUUAUGUUUUUCAGUCUAGUAAAAGGUCAAAUCUGAACCAUUCAUUCCUAUAUUGAAAUGAUUUGGUGCUGAUGUUUAUUUUGGUGUUAAAAGGAAUCUAGUCCUUUAAAUCUACUUAUGGUUUAGUAGUUAAAUUAUGGGGCUGCACUGCAAAAAAAACAGCUUUUUUCAAUAUAAGCAUUUGGUUUAUACUAAAGCUGUAAACCACAUACAAGUCUUUGUGUUAGUAUCACAUUGUAGAUGUUAGUACUCUCAUUGUCAGCUGCUUUUUUUAAAUUAACAAUUUCCAUCCUGUCUUUAAUUCCAAGGGCGUUUAUUAAUUUGAAAGAACUCAUCAAUGCUACUAUUAGUUUCUUUCAUAUGUGACCCUUUUUACAGCUUUGUGCUUUUCUUUUGAUAUAUUUGAUCUCACAAUUGAAAUAAAAUAUAUUGUCUUUCA